AACCAUGAUGUUCCCCACCAGGACCAGAACCAGUACCGGCUCGGCUGGACUCGUGUGAAGAUGCUGCAGAGCCGAGUGCUGCUUUAUGAUUGGUCAAACGUCCAGAGAGGCGGGACAAAUGUCCUGGAGGUGCAUUCUGAUUGGACGCUGGCUCUGUCCGUUGGGAGAGUGUUAGGCUCAUAUCGCAAUUGGCGACAAAAACAGGCGGUUAACAAUUACUGCUCUUCAAAAACCAGGAUCAGCAUGGCUUCUUCGUGGCGUCGUCUGAGGCUGUGCCACUCCACGGGCGUCGCUAUCUCUCAUCUCCACACCAGCAGCCGGGCGUCUGCUAAGCAGCACUACAAGAUGCUGGUGCUGGGAGGAGGAAGUGGGGGCAUUUGCAUGAGUGCACGGAUGAAGAGAAUGUUCGGAGCCGACAACGUGGCUGUCGUGGAGCCAUCCGAGGUGCAUUACUAUCAGCCGAUAUGGACGCUCGUUGGGGCUGGAGCUAAGACGGUCGCCUCAUCGGCUCGUCCCACUGCCAGUGUUAUGCCAUCAGGUGUGAAGUGGGUGAAAUCCAAGGUUCAGGAAAUACACCCAGACAAAAACUCUGUCCUUGUAGACGACGGGACUGAGAUCUCCUAUGAAUAUUUGAUAGUGGCUCUUGGCUUACAGCUCCAUUAUGAAAAGAUUAAAGGCCUGCCAGAGGCGUUUGAGCAUCCAAAGAUUGGAUCAAACUACUCUGUCCAAACUGUGGAGAAAACCUGGAAGGCUCUGCAGAACUUCGAAGAGGGCAACGCUGUGUUCACCUUCCCAAACACUCCUGUGAAAUGCGCCGGAGCGCCACAGAAGAUCAUGUACUUAUCAGAUGCUUACCUGAGAAAGACAGGAAAAAGGGCAAAGGCCAAUGUGAUAUACAACACAUCACUUCCGGUGCUCUUUGGGAUCAAGAAAUACGCCGACACGUUGUGGGACAUCGUUAAAACCCGCGAUCUACAAGUAAACCUCAGACACAAUCUGAUCGAAGUGCGGCCAGACAAACAGGAAGCUGUGUUUGAAAACCUCGACAAACCAGGAGAGACCAAAGUGUUUGAGUAUGAAAUGCUUCACGUAACUCCGCCAAUGGGACCCAGCCUGGUGGUUAAAGGCAGUCCACUCGCUGAUGAGAACGGCUGGCUGGAUUUAAACAAAGAAACGCUCCAACACAACAAAUAUCCAAAUGUUUUUGGGAUUGGAGACUGCACCAACCUCCCUACUGCCAAAACCGGAGCCGCCGUCGCUGCACAGUCUGCGAUCCUGAACAGAACCAUCAGCAAAUUACUGAAAAACCAGAAGCCAGAUAAGAAGUACGAUGGCUACACUUCCUGUCCGCUGGUGACGAGCUACAACACAGUGGUCCUGGCAGAGUUCGACUACAACGGGCAGCCGCUGGAAACGUUCCCAAUCAACCAGGCCAAGGAGCGGAGAUUAAUGUACUACAUGAAAGCCGAUGUGAUGCCUCACCUGUACUGGCACGGGCUUCUCAGGGGCCUGUGGGGCGGACCCGGACCAUACAGGAAGCUCCUCCAUCUUGGAAUGAAGUAAAACCUCCUUCUACAAAGAAACUAGUGAAUUAAUACAGUUAAUUAUGUCAUAACCCCUGAAAGGACAGAUGCAUGUUUAUCUGUGACAUCAGACCAAACAAAUUCAUCUCAGCUGUCUUAAAAAAGGGGGCAGUUUUGUAGUAGCAACAAAAAUAAAUAACUUUAACGUGAGUCACUUCUAGCUUCAUUUGAUGAGGUAAAGGAAAAGUGAAACUGCUCUGCUGGUUCAAAGCUGACAAACACAAGGAUGAGCAUCUUUCUGUUAUUGGAACAAUCACAUUAUAUGAUACAUUAUAGAAACGCCUUUAACUCCACAGCUUUAAUGUUGAUGGUAGUGUUUAAAAGCUUUGUAUGACUGUUUUAAUCUAAGUUGCUAGUGAAAAGUGUUGUCCUGGUGGCUGAUAUUAGUUAUUUUAACUUGAUCAGAUUGCGUUUGUUUUGUCUCACUUUAGCAAAAAACCGAGGUGUGCAAUUUAUCAAUUGGAGUUCAACUUAAAAUGCUGGACUAUAAACAUGAGAACUACCAUAAGUGCUUUCUUUCACAUUUGAUAUGUCAGUGUUGGACAUUUUGUUUUACAUUUUAGAUUUUUAUUCUAAAUACCAUUAUGACCACUCAAACAAAUUAUUGGAAUUAACAAAAAUGUAUUGCUCCUAAAUCAAUAAAAUGACAAUAAAGUUUUAAAAUCAUGGAAUCUUUGAAAUAAAUAGAAACACCAUCAUUUGCAUGGUGUUAAACCAUGCAAAUGAUUUAACACCAUCAGUAUGUUUAUCAAAAUAUAACAUAAAGCUGCAACUUUUACUGGGUUAAAUGUGUUUCUAUCUGGGAGUGAAAAUGUUUGUUUUUUCUUUGUGACAGAUGUAAUAUGAAUAAAGGAUGUAACAUUUCUCAUUUUUAA